GCCCGGCCCGGCCCCUGCCAGACCACGCGGGGAGACGCUUCCCCGAGCGAUGCCUCCCGGUCUUCGUCCCCGGCAGGGCAGCUGAGGGCCCUGGACACGUACAUACUCACCUAACGAAUGUGUGUUUUCUUCUCCUGGCAGGUGGUCUUUCACAAAAUGUCUCCCAACGAAACUCUCUUUCUGGAAAGCACCAACAAAAUCUAUAAGGACGAUAUUUCUAACAGCUCCUUUGUGAACUUUCAAAUAUGGGAUUUUCCUGGACAAAUGGAUUUCUUUGAUCCAACGUUUGAUUACGAGAUGAUUUUCAGAGGAACUGGAGCUCUCAUUUAUGUUAUUGACGCACAGGAUGACUACAUGGAAGCAUUAACCAGGCUCCAUAUUACAGUUUCAAAAGCUUACAAAAUCAAUCCAGAAAUGAACUUUGAAGUUUUUAUUCAUAAAGUUGAUGGCUUAUCGGAUGACCAUAAAAUAGAAACUCAGAGGGAUAUUCAUCAAAGAGCUAAUGAUGAUCUUGGUGAUGCUGGGUUAGAAAAACUACAUCUUAGCUUUUAUUUGACCAGCAUCUAUGAUCACUCAAUAUUUGAAGCCUUCAGUAAGGUGGUGCAAAAGCUCAUUCCACAGUUGCCCACUUUGGAAAACCUGCUGAAUAUCUUUAUAUCAAACUCAGGGAUUGAGAAAGCUUUUCUUUUUGAUGUUGUCAGCAAGAUCUAUAUUGCAACAGAUAGUUCCCCUGUUGACAUGCAGUCAUACGAGUUGUGUUGCGACAUGAUUGACGUUGUCAUUGAUGUUUCUUGCAUAUAUGGGUUAAAAGAAGAUGGGAGUGGUAGCGCAUAUGACAAGGAAUCUAUGGCAAUUAUUAAACUCAAUAACACAACUGUUCUAUAUUUAAAAGAAGUGACAAAGUUUCUGGCUUUGGUGUGUAUCCUUAGAGAAGAAAGCUUUGAACGCAAAGGCUUAAUAGACUACAAUUUUCACUGCUUCCGUAAGGCUAUCCAUGAGGUCUUUGAAGUGGGCAUUUCCUCUCAUCGGUCCUGCAGCCAUCAAGCAAACAUUCCCAAUUUAAAAGCAGUGACUCAUAAUGGCACCCCUAGAAAUGUUGUCUAAGAAGGACUGAAUCAGGAUGACCUAGUGCUUGCUUGCUUACCCUGUGUCUGUGUACCAGGGGAUGAGCAGCACAGAGAAUUUGCUGCAUAACUUCAUCCGUUUAUUUUGAAGGAAGAGAGUCUGCCUUGUGGACUUGUCAUCAUAGCUGACAUGGACACCCAGAAUGGCUGCCAGGAACCACAGGGACCAAGAGCGGUUGCUUUAGUUACAAUUUGGCAGGCAGGCAGGCAGGCAGGCAGGCAGCCUCUCCUCCACUUGGACAACUUCCUUGUUUGUUUCAGAAUUAAACAGAACAGCAGGUGAUUUGCUCCAGAGGUUCUGAAAUUCAAACAUACUUCAUAACUUAUUUGAGUACACACUCAGCACAUUCCACCUGUCUUAUCGCAUAGUUUUGUGGUAAUACCUGAAAAAGUAGUAUAUCCUGUGACAUCUCCCUAGCAAACUCAUUGAAUGGAAGAGCUUAUUUCCUUUUCUAGCUUUAUCUUUCCUCAGAACUGUUGGAAACGUCUUAUCUUGGAUUCUCAAGCUAUCCGCAAUUCAGCUAAUAUCAGUUCCUGCACUCAUUCUUAAACUGUUUUUUGUAAUAAAUAAUUCAGUUUCACCCUGUCAUGGUUAAUAUCUCUAGAAUUUGGUAUUUAUUUCAUUCUUGAAGCCACAUGAUUGCAUAAAGGGUCAUUUUAUUUUAAAAAAUGUGUACAGCUUUGGCAAGAAUGGAUUUUGGUUGCUAGAAUUUGCUUAACAACAUGUGAAGCUUCCUUAAGCAUACUUUCCAUCUGAUGAAAUGUUUUCUGUGAAUCUUCCUGUAGAUCAUCUGUGCACUGGCAGGUAAAUGCUACUGGCCAUUUUCUUAAUGAUAACAGCACUUUGAAAGCCUCAAGCUCUGUUCUUUACUCAAAAUGUCAGUGUGAGUUUGUUGAAGAUUUAACAGAUAUUUUAGUGCUAUUCACAGGUGAUUGUAUUCUGCCAGAGGUUCAUGUCCAGAGGGGAUAAGUUCCCUAGGUUUCAUUAAUAAAAUAUCUUUAUCUCAACAAGUGUUUCUCCU